AUGGUGAGCCACCAGAUGUCGCGUAUCUGUCUCUUCGCUGAUUGGCUUACAAAGACUAGCAAAUGGCUCAAAGUACCGCGCUCUCGUUACGUCAUGCUUCUCUCAGUUGCUCCUAAGCCUGAACCGAAGGAGGGGCAACAACUGCUAAUUAGGAGCACAAUCAGCGAGCCAACAGAGUCUGUUGGGGAAGAAGCUCCGCAAGCACCAGGAGCACCAAAGGAGUUCGAAGCACUAGAGCGGAGGAACGAGCAGAAACCCUUCCCGCAGUUGCUUCUUGUCACCUUCAAGGCCCCUCAGGAGCCCUUCUCCACAGACGACCAUGAGUCUGCUGAUUCAUGCGCCUGGUACAGGGCUGAGCCUUCAGAGGUCUUCUCUAUUGACAGUACUCACAGAGCUCUCUGCCAGCGCGUCCCGUGUGGAAAGAAGACUCAGCUUGUCUUGAUUGUUGAAGGUUUGGGUGGUCGGCUUCUUGUCCUUGGAGAGGUUUCUCGCGCGGCUGCAUCUUCUUCUGGUACCACAAGAGUUCAGGUUUCUGGCUUGUCUCCACUGGAACAGCUUGCGCAUCGCAUAAACGAAUCAGCCCCCCUUUGUGCUCCCCCAAGGACUCCCCGAUGGCGGAGGCUGUUGCAGGUGUUUACUGCCACAGCAACAGCAGUAGAUUUAGGGGAAUCAAUGGCCAUCCCAGCAUUUGGAUCCAACAGCGUGGAACAACGCCGAAGCGUGGAUGGAGCACUUUUGAGCGACGCCCAAAGCUCAGCCGUAUAUUGGCAAGUGAACUGCACAGCCUCUGAAGAAGCAUGCUAUCCUGCGACGCGUGCGGAGGAGCAACCAACAAUUUCUCUGGUAGCUCUGCUCCUCCGAUUCUCGAUUGCCGCGUGCUUUGCCAUCUGCCGCCAAUUGACAUUUGCAAUGAGGCAUUGUAACAUACGCUCUGUAGUGCCACGGGGGUCGCGUGCAGGGAGAGGCACGGUUGAAACAACAGAUAUGCUAGAUGGCUGCAACGACUGUGGCUCGGACCCAAGCAGCAACUAUGGCCUCCACUGCACCAGAAAAGGCCCUUUGUGUGGUUGCGCACGCCGUGAACAGUACGCCAGAAUUAGCAGCGGCCAACGUACUUCAAGUGCGUGCGUAGCUCGCCCUCAGCGCACGCUGAGGCAGCUUAUUGAUGACCAGCAACGCUCUCUGGCGGCACUUGCAGUGGGGGAAUAUCGGCGGAAAGUUGCAUUGGUGAACCACGAGUACCAGAUGUCUCGCCAGCAAGCGUCAAGGGCCCUAAUGGACGAGCAUGGGCAGCUGUUUCCUCAGGUUCAUCUGCAGUUUAAGCAAACCUUGUUUCUCGCUGGCUAA